GCCUUAAAGGGGCUGUGUCCUGUCCUCUGAGACUCCGCCCACUCUGGCUAUAGGACUAUUUUCGGGCACAUUCGGUGGAUGCUGGACCCAGUUGGCAGAAGGAUUCGCUCCCGCUAGUAUAUAUUUAUUUAUUUAAAUACCCAGGAACUUGUUUGAGGAAUCAUGGUGAACCAGCGGGAGGAGAAUGGCUGGCAGUCGUUUAAAAGCGACUCGAGCGGGGCGAGUAACAGCGGCGAGAGCUCCAAGGAGAGCUCCAGGUGCUCGACUCCUGUCGGGGAGGCGGACCGCGGAAACCGGCUGAGGGACAAGAUGAGGCGGCGCAUCGAGUCCGGGGACCGCUGGUUCUCCCUCGAGUUCUUUCCUCCGCGCACAGCCGGCGGUGCUGUCAACCUCAUUUCCAGAUUCGACCGUAUGGGAUCCGGUGGGCCUCUCUUCAUCGACAUCACUUGGCAUCCAGCGGGAGAUCCUGGCUCAGACAAAGAGACCUCAUCCAUGAUGAUCGCUAGCACGGCAGUCAACUACUGUGGCCUGGAGAGCGUGCUGCACAUGACCUGCUGCAAGCAAACAAAAGAGAAGCUCACAUUCUAUCUGAGCAAGGCCAAGCACAUGGGACUGAAGAACAUCAUGGCGCUGAGGGGAGAUCCAGUGGGAGCAGACUGGGAAGAAGAAGAAGGAGGGUUCAACUAUGCUGUAGACCUGGUGAAGCAUAUCCGCAGUGAAUUUGAUGAUUACUUUGACAUUUGUGUUGCUGGCUACCCCACUGGGCACCCAGAGGCUGAGAGCUAUGAAGACGACCUUAAACGCUUAAAAGAGAAAGUGGACGCAGGAGCACACUUUGUUGUGACUCAACUCUUUUUCAGAGCUGAAACGUUUCUGAAAUUCCUGAAGGACUGCAGAGCUAUUGGCAUCACCUGUCCCAUUCUGCCUGGAAUCUUCCCCCUUCAGGGUUAUCACUCACUACGUCAACUGGUCAAACUGUCAAAGCUGGAGGUGCCAGAGGAAAUCAUGAAAGUGAUCGAGCCCAUCAAAGACAAUGAUGCUGCUAUCCGCAACUAUGGUGUCCAGCAGGCCGUGGAGAUGUGCAAGGUGCUACUGAACAGCGGCGAUGUGCCUGGCCUGCACUUCUAUACACUCAACAGAGAGGUGGCUACAACUGAAGUGCUCCGACAGCUCGGCUUAUGGGCUGAGGACCCUCGGCGACCUCUGCCGUGGACUGUCAGUGCCCAUCCCAAACGAAAGAUGGAGGACGUCAGGCCAAUAUUCUGGUCCACAAGGUCCAAAAGCUACAUUUACAGAACGCAGGACUGGGAUGAUUUUCCCAAUGGGAGAUGGGGGAACUCCUCAUCUCCAGCCUUUGGUGAGCUGACAGAUUACUAUUUGUUCUACCUGAAAAGCAAGUCCCCUAAAGAAGCCCUGUUAAAGAUGUGGGGAGAGGAGCUAACGAGUGAGCAGAGUGUGUAUGAAGUCUUCACCAACUAUAUUACAUCACAGCCCAACCAAAAUGGACACAAGGUGAUGUGUCUACCAUGGAACGAUGACCCUCUGGCUCCAGAAACAAACAUGCUAAAGGAGGCGCUAGAGAAAGUGAAUCGUAGAGGUAUCCUCACCAUCAACUCCCAGCCCAACAUCAACGGCAAGCCUUCUUCUGACCCAGUUGUAGGUUGGGGACCCCCGGGAGGAUACGUCUUCCAAAAGGCUUACCUGGAGUUUUUCACAUCAAGUGAAAAUGUAACUGCACUUCUUAAAGUGCUGAAGAAAUACGAACCACGUGUGAACUAUCACAUCGUCAACGUACGGGGUGAGAAUAUUACAAAUGCCCCUGAUAUGCAACCCAAUGCUGUAACCUGGGGGAUUUUCCCUGGCAGAGAGAUCGUUCAGCCCACGGUGGUGGAUCCAGUCAGUUUUAUGUACUGGAAGGAUGAGGCAUUUGCGCUGUGGAUUGAGCAGUGGGGGAAGCUGUACGAGGACGAGUCCCCCUCCAGAAUGAUUAUCCAGUACAUCCACGAUAACUACUUCCUAAUCAACUUAGUGGACAAUGAUUUCCCCCUGGACAGCUGUCUGUGGCAGGUCAUCGAUGACAUGUUCGAAUUGCUAAGUGCACCUCCAGAAACUCUGGAAGAAAACAGUAAUUAGCCAAUCUGCUGCUGUUUUAUUUUAGGACUUUAUAAACACCCCACGCAGGCAGUUACUAUAAUGCCACUAAUGUUUCAGUUACUAUAUAUGAUACUGUAAAAUCAGUAAGCAGUACUUGGAUUGAGAAGUCAUUCAUGUUGAGUGGACUAUUUUUAAAACACUGUAUUAAGAAUUAUGGUUAUAAACCAUAGUAUAUUAAUAUAAUGCAAACUUAUUUGCCUAAAUUUCGAAAGCACUUAAAUUAGUACUAUGAGUUUAACUUGACUGCUUUUAAAGCUAUUUAUAAACAGUUUUAAGCUAUUGCACAAGUCCAAAGUCUGAGGCUUUUGAGGCUGAUUUGGGAACUUUUGCCAGCUGGAAUACACAUGCACACUAAGGCAAAUGUGCUGUUUUUUUUUUAAAGAGACUGAAUCAGAAGCGACCAUCCAAGGCUGUGGAUGUUGACAGUGAUUGUGAUUACUGUUAUAAUCUGACCAAAAAAAAAAAUUGUUGCUUGCCAUAGCCUUGAAUCAGUUCAUCCUCUAUUUUUAUGCUCAUUUUGUUUUUUAUUUCCCCAGUUUUUGCGGAUUGCUGGUAAGUAACAGCAAAAUAAAAAAUAAUGUUCCGCA